UACCAAAAUAUGUUCUUGUUGGUGUGAUGGAAUUGUUGUACUAAUGAUGAAGAAUAUGAAGAGAAAUGAAGUAUUUGGAUGUUUAUUGUCAAAACUUAGGCACAAAAAGUGAGAAUACCUCUGGGAAAAGCUUUGCCACCUUGCAAUAUAACUAACAUCGGGUAGUCAGUAAGCAUCUAAACUACCUCAUGCCUCAAAAGCAACAGACAUUCGAUCUAAGUCUGGCCGAUGUCAGUUCUUCUUCUUCUUUCCCUUUCGAUUCAAAAGUUAAAAUAAUGACGUUGAUAUCAAUUGACAAGUGUAUAUCACAUUGAUCAAGUCCUUCAGAACUACGAGUAAUUGCAGCCUAGGCAUGCAUUUAGUUUAGUUAUCAUUCUUCACUGUUGAGUUAGUUGCCAUAAUUUGAAUUUCUCUGUGGACAGCCUCAUGUUAGUUCAUUUUAGUUACUUGAUUCUCAAGAGAUGGGUGGAGUUCACGAAAGGUUCACAAUGAUUCUUUGAAUAAUAUUUCUAUGGAUAAGGUCUUCACCCGCUUAUACUGAAGAUAAUUGAGACGACCCAGAAUUUGGUUGAUUGUCGAGCUAGAACUCUUUGGAUUAUAACAUGACUAUUGUUUGUUUUAUGAAUUUUACCAGAGUUGUUUUUCUUGCCCAAAAAAAAAAAAAAAAAAGAUUGUAGUUAUCCUUGAUCUGAUGCUCAAGUACAGACAAAUUAUGAGCAUAUAGGAGUGUGCAUUUUCUUGUUUAAUGAGAGUUACAUGUAGAGGUGGAAUCUGAUUCAGUUUUCUGGUGAAUAAUAACCUUAUACUUGUUGUCAACGAUCAAUUUAUCAGCUACUAAAUUCCCGAAACUUUGAUGUCUUACUUUUAUUGAAUCGUUUACAGUACAAAAUGUGCGCAACUGCUUUAGCUGAUUGGUUGUAAUAUCAAUUCUGGAGUUUUUUUAUUCCAUAUGCUGCCAUGGUUUUGUACUUUACAAUCGAUGUCAAGACUAGCAAUGUUGUACUACGCAAUUAAUUUUUGAUUGUCGCUUCUAUUUGGGCAUUCUAAUUAGUUCAAUAUGCUGAGUAAAUACUACAGUGUAUGCAAGAUGGCUGGUGUGAAAAGAAGGGCUUAUAAAGAUUCAGAUAUUCGUGCUUUUCACAAAGAGUUGGAUGAGGUGUCUUGUCCUAUCUGCAUGGACCAUCCACAUAAUGCUGUUCUCCUACUAUGCAGCUCACAUGAAAAGGGAUGCAGAUCUUAUAUAUGUGAUACAAGUUACCGACAUUCAAAUUGCCUAGACAGGUUUAAGAAACUAAGAGUCAACUCUAGGUGCAGUCCAACUUUACCUAAUUCUUUGCCUAGAAAUGCAGACCAUUCUAAUGAUGCUUCUGGUAGGACUUCGUCAAACAAUGCAAUUCAUUCUAAUGAUAUUGAUAAUCCAAAUGGAAAUCACAGUGCAACAGUUAGUGGAUCAUCUGAGGGGCAUGGGGAUGAUAACAGUGGAGAAAAUCACAUUCAGAAUGAUGUUGCAAGUGUGGAAGUUGAAGUGGAGGGUGAUCUGGAGAAUGAUAAUACUGAAUCCUUGCAAGAAAGGCCUGAUCUUCAAGUGGCUAAUGUGGAGGAGUCAACAGAUUCAAAGUUUGAUAUGCAAUGCCCAUUAUGCCGUGGAGCCAUACUAGGCUGGGAGGUUGUUGACGAAGCCAGAAGAUAUCUCAACCUGAAGAAGCGAAGUUGCUCACGUGAGGCAUGCUCGUAUCAUGGGAGCUAUCAAGAAUUACGGAGGCAUGCUCGUAGGGCACACCCUGCUGUCCGACCUUCUGAUAUUGAUCCAUCUAGAGAGCGAGCUUGGCGACGCCUUGAGCACCAGAGAGAAUAUGGUGACAUUGUCAGUGCCAUUCGUUCUGCUAUGCCAGGUGCUAUUGUGGUAGGGGAUUAUGUGAUUGAAAAUGGAGAUAGAUAUUCUGUUGACAGGGAAAAUGGCUCAGGUGAAGUCAAUGGACCUUGGUGGACUACUUUCUUUUUGUUUCAGAUGAUUGGCUCCAUGGAUUCUUCAGGUGAGCCAAGAUCAAGGGCUAGGGCUUUUAUGAGGCACAGACGCCCGGGAGGAUCGGAAAGGAGGCUUCUUUGGGGUGAGAACUUGUUGGGUCUGCAGGAUGAUGAUGAAGAUGACGACGACGAUAGCGAUGAUGGGAUCCAUGUGCUAAGUGAUGGGGAUGAAGAUGCAUCUCCAAUCCCUAGAAGACGUAGACGGUUGAUGCGAUCAAGGUCUGAUGAGGAUCGGUCGUGAUGGCAGCAUGCUUUUAUGUGAUGUGCAGAAGCCGCCUUCCCCGUGGAGCAGGAUCUCUGUUGCUCUCAUAAACACCAUGCUAGAAAGCCGCCAACUGGUAUGGUGCAUCAGCAUGAAGUUUCAAGAAUGGUUUGAAGGAGCAAGUUCGUAUGACGAUGUCUCGCAAUUUAGUAUUUGGGUCCAGAAUGCGCGAACUUCCUGUGUGUGGAAUUCAUGCAUUUUGAUUCUUCUUCUCCUAUAGUAGAUAUCCUGGCCAUCUCUUGGUUAAGCUGUGUGCGUAUAUUUAUUUGUUUGUUUACAUCUUUGGAACUCAGUGUCUUAUCUCUUUGGAAAAGGAUUGGAAGACUUAAAGUUGCGUAUAUUGUACAGUUAUUCUCAUCAUUUAUGGUUUACCUGUUUCUCUU